UAUAUAUAAGGAAAGAAAAGUUGUACAUGAUCAGUGCCAUCUCCAACAAUCCCGAGCGGCAUCAAAAUGAGGUACUCUACCCCACUCCUGUUACUUGCUUUUUCAGCUUUGGCAUAUGCUGCCUCUGUCGAAAAGGUGAAAGAAACCGACAAGAACUCUGUCACUGAAGAAGAUGAUGAAUAUGCGUGGAGAGUAAGAGUGGGAAAAACGCUUGAGAAAGUAGGGAGAUGGCUACAAGGCAAAGACUCGGCUGUGACUGAGGAAGAAGAGAAGGAGUUCGCAUUGCUGAAUGCUGAGCUGAAAGAACUGGCGGCCGGCGUGGCCGAGGAAGUUGCCCAAGAAACAGGAAGUGUUGAUGAAUACGACGACGAAGCAGCUGCUUACGGCUGGGCGAAGUGGAGGAACAAGAUUACCGGUGCAGCCAAGAAGGUCGCCAAGGCUGUUAUAAUCAACAAGGUCGGCGGCAUUGUCGCCGGUGGACUCGGCUAGUUACACAUGACACUGUAUACUAGUGCGCCUUCGGGCAUGUAUUUUUGCAACAAAAUAAAUUAGUAAAAAAGUUUGAA